CUCUGGGAGAAGGGGAGUGGUUUCCAGUCUAAGUCAUAUCUAUGUCGAUGUCUAGCUAGCUAGCUAUAAUAAAGUAGCUAUAGAGAGUUUAAUCUAGAGUUUAAUAGGUUGUAGAAUCUAGUCUACUUUAUUUAAUAUGUUGAGACCGAUCAAACACCUCGUUCUUACCAGAAAAAGGACACAAAAAUGUUUGACACAUUUUCUUUUGAGCACUAGAUCUACAGUAAAGUUGCCAAGCACUUCAGGAGUCUAUCAAAAGCACUACGAUAUUCUCAGUGAGUACGAGGCUCUGGUGGCUGCCGAGGAACUACAAUACAAUAGUCAACAAGUGAAGGUGGUCAAAGAACUAAAACGUCUUCAAGAGAGACUGUAUGACUACCAACCAUACAAACAAGGCUUCAUGGACAGGCUGUUUGGUUCACGGAAUAAAGUGAAAAAAAUGCAGGGGAUGUAUAUGCAUGGCUCAGUAGGAGCUGGGAAGACAAUGUUGAUGGAUCUGUUCUUUAAAACUGUGCAUGUUGAACAGAAGCGACGUGUGCACUUUAACAAGUUCAUGAGAACUGUUCAUGACAAAAUUCACCAUUUUAAGAAGAACGUAUCGUCUGAUCGUGAUAGGAGAGUACCAUACGAUCCUAUAAGCCCAGUUGCCAUGGAUAUAGCGGCUGAUGCCCACCUCCUCUGCUUUGAUGAAUUCCAGGUGACAGAUAUUGGUGAUGCCAUGAUUCUAAAGAGGCUGUUCACUGCCCUGUUGAAUGCAGGAGUGGUGGUAGUGGCUACCUCCAAUAGACAACCCGAUGAUUUGUACAAACAUGGUCUACAGAGGAGCAACUUCCUCCCCUUCAUCAAGGUUCUGAAGGACCACUGUGCUAUUUUUGAGCUGGCCUCGGAUAUAGACUACAGACGUACCGUCAUGGCAGCCACUGAGGGUAAAGUUUACCUUUCGCCCAACACCAUAGAAGCUAAUGCCACACUUGUCCAAGUGUUCGAGAAAUUGGCCCGUGAACAAGGAGCAACUCCUAGUAGAAGAGAACUAGAAUUCCUCGGUCGUAAGCUGGUAGUCCCUCAAGCAGCAGGAACUCUUGCAUUUUUCACUUUCAAUGACCUUUGCUCUAAUCCUCUCAGUGCUGUGGAUUACCUAGAGCUGUGUGAAAACUUUGACACUGUGUUCAUUCAAGAUAUUCCGCAACUAACCAUUAGCACGAGAACUGAGGCUAGACGGUUCAUUACAAUGAUUGACAACUUUUAUGAUCGCUGUGUGAAAAUUGUUUGCACAGCUGAGGUACAGCCAGAAAAUUUAUUCAGAGCAAAACUGGCGACUGCUAAAGAAAGUGAAGAGUUUAGAAUACUAGCAGAUGAUCUAUCAAUUGAAGAGGGAACACAAGACUACGAGGCCAGCAUUUUCACUGGUGAAGAUGAGAUCUUCUCAUUUGAGCGAGCAGUGUCACGUCUAAUGGAGAUGCAGGGGAAAGAAUACUGGAACUCUGACAUUAAAACACACCUUCAGUAGUAACAAGCAGGUCAAUCUCUCAUGGUGUGUGUGCUAGGCAAAUCUGUUUUUACAACAAUAUUUAUUACAUGUACAUGUCA